UUCUCUUCUUUCAUCUGUGAAUCAUUCCGUUGUUACCCGCCACUGUGCUUAUUGUCUCUGUAGCUCUCUCUCUCUCUCCGGCAAAAUCCGAGCCUAAAAAUGACGAGUAAGAGCAAAAUCCUGUUCAUCGGAGGAACGGGUUACAUCGGGAAAUAUAUAGUGGAAGCGAGCGCAAGAUCUGGGCACCCAACCUUAGUUCUCGUUAGAAAUUCGACGCUCACAAGCCCUUCACGAUCGAUCACCAUCGAGAAUUUCAAGAAUCUCGGCGUUCAGUUUCUCCUCGGAGAUCUUGACGAUCAUACGAGUCUCGUGAAUUCGAUAAAGCAAGCGGAUGUGGUCAUCUCUACGGUUGGACACUCCCUCUUGGGCCAUCAAUACAAGAUCAUCUCUGCCAUUAAAGAAGCCGGUAAUGUUAAGAGAUUCUUUCCCUCAGAGUUUGGAAAUGAUGUAGACCGUGUUCACACUGUCGAACCCGCCAAGUCAGCCUAUGCUACAAAGGCAAAAAUCCGGCGAACAAUCGAAGCCGAAGGAAUCCCAUACACUUAUGUCUCAUGCAACUUCUUCGCUGGCUACUUCCUUCCAACUCUAGCACAGCCUGGUGCUACUUCUGCUCCUCGGGAUAAGGUCAUUGUUUUAGGUGAUGGAACCCUCAAAGCUGUGUUCAACAAGGAAGAAGACAUCGCGACUUACACAAUCAGUGCCGUAGAUGAUCCAAGAACUUUGAACAAGAUCUUAUAUGUUAGGCCACCAAUGAACACUUACUCCUUCAACGAUCUUGUCUCGCUUUGGGAGAACAAGAUUGGCAAAACACUUGAAAGAAUCUACGUUCCAGAAGAACAACUCCUCAAACAGAUCAUAGAAUCUUCGCCUCCACUCAACGUGAUGCUAUCCCUUUGUCACUGCGUUUUCGUGAAAGGAGGACACACAAGCUUUGAAAUCGAACCUUCUUUUGGAGUAGAAGCUUCUGAGCUUUACCCUGAUGUCAAAUACACUACUGUUGAUGAAAUCCUCAACCAGUAUGUCUAAAGCUUAGUGCUUAACUACAGUGUCAUCCAUGACUCUCCACACUUUUUAUUUUGGGUUUUAAAUAAUUGGCUAUUAUUAAC